GCCCCGGGCGCUGAGGGGACGGUCGUGAGGGGCGGUGAGGCGGGCGCGGGUCUGCCCCUGGCCUGGGCGUCCUGGAGGGUUAUAAAGGCGCUUUUGCGGCCUGAAAGUGUAGACUGAGGGGAAGUGUUUCUCUUGCUCUCUCCUCUGCUGGAACCCAUCGCCAACAGCUAAACAGCUGUUCUUGCCCUGGGCCAGAGGGUCCUGCUACACCGUCCUUGUUGGAAGGCUGGGUCUUGUCCCACCAUGGAGAAAUACAAGGUGCUGGAGAAGCUCCAGCCUGGGGCUUUGGGCACAAUGCUGGUAGCUGACUUGGAAACAGAAAAAGAUGUGGGAAAGAAAUAUAUAAUAAAACAGGUUGAAUGCAUUGAAGAAAAACAAGCGAAUGAGGCCUUGAAGGAGGCAAUGAGUUUGCUGAAACUUCAUCAUUCAAACAUCUGUGCUUACAAGGAAUUGUUUGUGACUUGGGAUAAAGAGAUAUCAUCUCUGUUCCUUUGUCUGGUAAUGCAGCACUCAGGCCAAGGAGAUCUUUCAUCUCUAAUAGAGGAAAAAAGGCAGAAGUCAGAAAAAAUAACACACAUGGUGAUUCAGAAGUUCCUGGGACAGAUGGUGGAUGCUUUGCUUUAUAUACACAAACAAAAUAUUUUCCACAGAAAUCUCAAGCCAUCAAACAUACUUGUGACUGGUGAAGCAUCCUUCGUGCUUAGUGACUUCAGUACAGAAACACUUAUGACAGAUGAGAUGAAAUGGAAAAUAAGAGUGGAUGAAACAGAUGACAAGUCUUGGAUGGCUCCUGAAACAUUUCAUUUUUCUUUUACUGAGAAGUCUGACAUCUGGUCUCUAGGUUGUGUUCUACUUGACAUGAUGACCUGCUUUGUUCUGAGUGCAGAAGAGAGAACCUCAUUGCUACAGGAUAUUAGACAGGAUACUGGCUCUCUUGAGGGACUUCUGACACUAAUGCAAAAUCAAGAUAACAGCUCUUUACCUUUAAUUCCAAUUUUGUUUAUGAUGCUACAGAUUCAGCCCAGCAUGAGACCCUCAGCAGAAGAGCUGGCUGAUAUUCCAUUUAUUAAGGAAUGCCUGACUGUUGCUGGUGCUUCUUCAGUAAAACUGAAAAAAUCUUUGCCUCCUAAAAUAAUAGAUGUGCUCCUUGAGGGAGGAAUCGAAAGUGUUGUAGAAUUCAUGCAGGCUUUCUGGGAUAUAGAAGAAGUACAGACUAAAGCCAUUCAGCACCUUGCCAGCUUUGUAAGAGAUAAAAGUGCCUUGCCCUAUUUGCUGACAUUAACAGAACUGAUAGUUCUUGCCAUGAAGACUCACGUAGAUUCUCUCAAGUUACAAGUAGAUGGUUGCAGUUUAUUGCUUGAAAUUCAUAGUCAAGCUUUAGAACAGGAUACGGUGAUGGCCCUGGAUGAGAAUGUAACCAGCUCUCUGUUAGUGACAAUAAGAAAACAUGCUGAAAAUGAAGAGUUACUUUCAUUGGCCUGCACGUUACUGAUGAUGACUUCAGCCAGUGAAGUUACUGCAGAGAGUCUGUGGAAAGUUGGAGUAAUUCCAGACCUUCUGUCAAUAUUAAGAAAUUUUCUUCAUAAUGAACAGAUCUGCCUCUCUUGCUGUGGCAUUCUCUGGAGCUUGGCUGUGAGUGAGACUAAUGGAGACCAAGCAUUGCUGAAAAGUGCUGUUCCUGUUAUCUCUGCGGUCCUUGAAGAGCACCUCCAGAAUGGAACAGUCACAGAGUCUGCCUGCUCUGCUCUGUGGGCGUUGUCACUCCAAGGUUGCUUAACUGAAAAUGAAUAUGAGCCCAUGACAGCACUUCUGCUGGACACACUCAGGAUGAACCCAGGAAGACCAGUGCUGGUGAAGAAUGCCUGCCUGGCAUUAGCCAGCCUUCUAAGAUUAUCUGAAAUAUCAGCUUUGAGAUUUAUACUGGAUUCAAAAGGCAGUGGAAUAAACCUCAUCAAAGAUGCCUACCAUCUGCACUUCGAUGCUCCAGAAGUGGUGCAGAGUAUCUGUAUGCUGAUGAACGAGAUGGUUCAGUAUGAUGACGUUGUGCUGGAUAUGCUGUCCCAGGAAACAGAGCAACUGCUGUCUGAAAUAAAGAGCUGCUUUCCAUCUAGCAUGGAGAUUGUGACCCUUGUGGAUGCAACACUUUUGAAACUGCGGAAGUAA